ACCUAAUAAUUUUGAUGUGUCAAAACAAAAAGUGGUGUGGAAAGCGCGUAUCAAUCGUGUGCUUUGAAAAAUUGUGCAUAAUUUGGCUCGAAAAAUAAUUAUUUACCGUGCAAAAUAGCAUCGCACGCUCUAUGCUUGGAAAUUGCACAUAUCACUAUGGGUACUAAACGCAAGGCAAAUGAAGAGAUUCUGGAAAUUCGCAGUGACGAUGAGGAGGACGGUAACGAUAGUGACGUCCAAAUACAAGAGAAAACUAUUCCCGUAGUAACAGUGGACGACGAUGACGAGACCCUGAAGCAAACAAGUGAACCAGCAAAUAAUCUUUCUUGUACCUUAACUGCCACCGAUCGUCCGGUAGAAUCGGCAUUAAGUCGGCUAUCAGUGUCGAAUCUGAUGGUAUCUCAGCCUACGGAAAUCAAAACAAGCCUAUCAUCGGAGGUUAUAGAUGGCGUUCACCUUUCUCCACCGCCGAAAACAAUGACAACGACAGACGACGCGCUUUUGAGUAUGCAAUUUCGGGAUAAAGAACUUUGGCAGCUAUUCAAAGGAUCCCUUACGGAAUACCUCAAAACAACUUUCCAGUUGAAAUUAUCUGGACUGGAGGUAGACGUUAUUCAUGAUCCGGAGACUGCAUCUCUUCGGGUUUGCAACAAGCAACAAUCUGAACCGCUCACCCCUAAGCGACAAAAGACCAAUGCCGUCGAUAGUACUGACAGCACGGGUGAGAAGACGGAUAGUAUUUUUGUGUUCGAUUCCACCCCGGCAAAGAAUGCCAAAGGAGGUCCUAUCAUUCCGAGCUACAAGAAAGCACUGCAAAAGGUGCUUGAUAACUCUCCCUCGGCUGCGCAGGAUAGCGCUACAAAGAAACCGAAACCCAAACAAAAUUGCUGGAAUUGUGAAGGUGAUCACAGCUUGAGAGACUGCAAAGAGCCGCGUAACUUUGCACGAAUCAAUAAAAUGAAGCAGGAGUACAUGAAACGGACGGAUCGGUAUCACGUGGAUCUGGAGCAAAAAUACGGUCACAUUGUUCCAGGAAGAAUGUCCUCUCAGCUGCGACAGGCGCUCGGUUUGAAGAAAAACGAGCUUCCGAUGCACAUCUACAAGAUGCGAAUAUUUGGCUAUCCUCCGGGAUGGCUAGAGGAUGCUAAAAUCACCCAUUCCGGGUUGCAGCUGUUUGAUUCCAACGGUGAUCCAGUACUGGAUUCGGACGAAAGUGAGGGUGAGGUGGACGUGGUUAAAAUGAAAUAUGAUGUUCGCAGGAUUAUCAACUAUCCUGGUUUCAACGUUCCCGCUGGGAAGCAAUUUCACGACGAUAGUAAAUAUUUUGGGGUUCCACCUUUGCUGGAACACCAAAGUCGAGAGAGAAUGAUCCAAAAUCUGGAAGGUACUUUAGUGCGGGGUUAUCGGCGAAAAAAGAUGCGCAUGACGGCCACCGAACGAGGUGCGAACGCUGAAUCAUUCGACAUGGAUCUGGACAACGCAGAACAAAAUAUGGAUGCUAGCUUUACAACUUUGGACUCCGUAGGACAAUGUGACAAAAUGGGUGAAAACUAUACACUCAGUUUUGAAAGUUCUCUACCUUCGAUGAAUAAGCAGCCAAUUCAGAAAGCAGUUGAAGACCCGGAAGAGGGGGAAGUGAACGAUGAUGAUGAUGUUGUUUCCAGUUUUAAAACGCCCGAAAAGGAUGUACAGAAUGUAUCGGAAACACCUGUUGUCGCAAAAGAGGCAGAAAGUGGUGCAGACGAUAGCGUUAUUUUGAUGGAGGAAGAAACAGAUAUCAUCUGUUUGGAUGACACUCGGCCGGAAUCACCCUCCCUAGAUGAGCUGAGAAGAAAACAGAGUGAGCUUCUCAAACAGUUAGAGUAUCAGUCCCCCACGGUACAAAGCACUGCCGAUCUGACGCAUGAUGAUUCGCUUAUUGACGAUGUACUGAUGGCUGAACGGUUAGCGCAGGAGGAAGAGGAAGAGAAGGGAGAAAAACAAUCACCUUUGCCUCCUUCCGUACCGACAAUAUCCGAACAAGUCACAGUUGCUCCCAGCAUGUUCGUACCUGCAUUUAUCCCUCAAGUCCCAUUCGUAUAUCCGGUGUUGGUACCUCCUCCUCUGCCUGGAAACCCACCUCCGCCACCUUCGCCCAAACAAACCGCCUCAGAGCGUCCUCCGGAACCGGAAUUCCUCAACUUAGACGAGAUAAAAAUGUCGAAGAUACCCUUCAUUGACGAUCCCGGUUCAACGGGCUUGAAAAAGAUGUCCCUGGGAACACCAAUUCUUACCGCGUUCUCUCCAUUUGAUCGACUGCCUUGCGGGGAUGCUUUCUCCAAGGGCGUCAGCGAUGUAAUUAAUUUUGAAAAUUUACCCAAUUCCACUGGCAAGUACGAACGAAUGAAAUCACUGCUAACAAAGGUGCGAACCGUGAUUACCGCGCACAAUGGUGAAGCCGAACAGGAGUCCAGAUAGCCUGAAAUCGACGAUGACUGCUAGUGUGGCAUGAGCAGUCGAGUGAAUGUGUUUAUUUUUUGGCAUGGUUGAGAAAGCAAUUGUGGCUGAAGUUUGUUUUUGCUAACUGAAGCUUCUUAAAUUCAAAAAAUGGAGAAGAAUGAAUGGGCUUAGUUUAAGAAAGCGUGAAAUAUAAAUGAAGAUUUUAUGCCCA